AUGGCUACCACACGAUCAGGAAAAGAAUUCGACUCGAAUUCCGGUAUUCAACAACAGUACGCUCAGUCGGCUCACCACAAGCACAACUCAAUCACCGACAUGUCUCCCAAGGAUAUGUCAUUCGCAAAGGCAUUUGACGAGCUCUUACCACUCGAGAUCAAGCAGAUAAUCUUCAAAUGGGCAGCGAGCGACAACAGUAGCGACAUUCAGAUCAGGCUUUUGCACGAUAACGAAGGCCAGCUUCAUGCACCAGCUGUCGACCUCCUCACGAAAUUGAAGGACCAGUACUCAGCCAAGGCGUAUCAUCAGGCCGUGGAGUAUCUUACAGGAUCAACGUUUCGGUGGACCUUCAGCAGCGAUACACAGCCACAUCGAUACCUUCUCCGUGCUUUCCGAAAUUCGGUCCCAAUGGAAGUUCGACAGCAAAUCAAGCAUGCCUAUCUGCCUCGGGUCACCGUGUAUGGUCUCAUCAAUCCGGCGACUCAGUCCACAAGCUUCGAGCAUCUACAAAUGGUGAGCCCGUCCAUACUGAUGCCCUAUUCUGAUUACUUCACACGACUGGGAGCGAUGACGACCUAUGAAGAGCUCUUUAUUGUUAUGCGGAUCAGGAACGACAUUGCAGGAGGUAUACAGCUGCUACCCAUUACGCUUCCUUCGCUCAAGAAACUGGAUCUCAGUCUUGACAUCAUCGACUGCUGGCGAAGAGACCCAGAACGAGCCAUACGGGUUAGAGUGACUCGCUCUGAAGAUUGGAUGUAUCUGCUUCAAUGUUCACCGCUUCCAGCUGGGGUUGGAGCACUUGCAAACCUCGCAGGGAUCGCCAACCUCGAUAUUCGCGUUAUCUGGGAUGACUUCCUUGACAAGAAACGGAAUUUUGCAGGCACAUACAGUGGGGAGAUUGAGAAAAAGGCCCACGUCAUAUUUAUGGAGGCGUUACGUUCAAGUCUUCCUGCUGCGAGGAGCAUUGUCGGCCAUUCAGACAGUUCUUUCGUCUGA